GCGGCCCGGCGGUGGAAGUUGCGCUGCAGGGGUGGGACUUUCUUUCUGCAGUCGGUCGGUCGAGGGUUGAGCUGCGGCGCACACAGAAAUGCCUCUGGCAGCAGCUUCUCAGACUCCAGCGAGCAGCAGCACAAACACACGGACACCUCCGAGUGCAAGAUAAAUCCUCCUCCUCCUUCUCCUCCUCUUCAUCAUCAUCGUUCCGCUCAUCUUCCUCACACUCCUCCCCAUCUUCCGGGGGGAGUGUGUGUGAACGCCGUCUUCCCUCCCCUCCUCCACCCCCGGGAUACACAGACCGGACCGGCACCGGUGUCAUUGCAUGGAGAGAGGUGCCUGAAGAAGGGAGAGCGGUGGAGUUGGUCUACCCCCCUCCUCCUCCUCCUCCUCCUCCUCUUCCUCCUCCUUCCUCCCUACUGCACCAAAAGAAAACUCCGGGCUGGCUGCAGCACCAUGUCCUCCGCUCAAAGUGGGGAUAUAUCAGGCUACCAUCUGAGUGUGGUGCGUAACCCGCCCGGCUGGGAGGUGGGGAUCUACCUGGUGGGUUUCUUCGUGCUGCUGGGUGUGGCCGGGCUCAACAUCUGGAAGUUGUGGAAAUCUGGAACCUUCCCCGCGCCGUCCCCCUUCCCCAACUUUGACUAUCGAUAUCUGCAAGAAAAAUAUGGAACCUCCUUCUCAGAAGUCAGACAAAAGCGAGUGGCUGCCAACAACCACCGGCGAACCUCCACCACCUCCAGCCGCAAACCCAGCCUGGCCCUGGGCGACACCCCAGACGGUUUCAGGGACCUGGGCCACCUGGAGCUGAUGAGCAGGGAGCUGGACCCGACAGGCAUGGCCCAGCUAAACCGCUCCAUCUCCACCGACUCGCUCAGCUCCAUCUCCUCCAUCGCCAACAACUUCGGCCACGACUUCACGGUCGGCCAGCUGGAGGUGACGCUCGAGUUUGAGCCGUCCAGGCAUCCGGGCCACGGGACGGGACUGCUCCACAUCACUCUGCACCAGGGCAAAGACCUGCUGGAAAAAGAGGAGGGAGACUUCCCAGGCUGCUUCAUCAGAGUGUCCCUGGGGCCGGAGGAGAUCAAUGUGGGAGUCACAAGGGUCCAGACGAAUGCAUUCACCGUGAUUUUCGAUGAGCACUUCUCCAUCCCCAUGGACUCGUCCUUCCUGGAGGAGUACAGCCUGCGUUGUGCCGCUUUCGGUAUCGAUGCUGACGAGAGAAACAUCAGCGCAGGGAUAGCAGAUCUCAAGCUGUCAGACCUGGACCUGACCAUCAGACCGUUCAACGCCUGGCUCUACCUUCAAGAUGUCAAUAAGGCUGUGGAUGCAGUUGGGGAGAUCCUGUUGUCUCUCAGCUAUUUGCCGACAGCAGAGCGCCUCACAGUGGUUGUUGCCAAGUGCAAGAACCUGGUGUGGACCAACAGCAAGAACACAGCAGAUCCGUUUGUCAAAGUGUAUCUCCUGCAAGACGGCAGGAAGAUCAGCAAGAAGAAGACUUCCACCAAAAGGGACGACACAAACCCCAUCUUCAAUGAAGCCAUGAUCUUCUCUGUGCCGUCCAUCGUCCUGCAGGAACUCUCUCUGAGGGUGACAGUGGCAGAGGCCACAGACGACGGCCGGGGCGAGAACCUCGGCCAUGUGAUCAUCGGCCCUGAAGCCAGCGGGAUGGGGAUCACCCACUGGAACCAGAUGCUGGCCACUCUGAGGAAGCCCGUGUCCAUGUGGCACCCUCUGCGCAGGAUCUAGCCCUCUUUGCCCUCGUGCAAACCCGACCUGUUUCAAGUAAAACACUCGCUUCUUCACCUUCCUUUCACCUCUCCCCUUAUUUGGUGCCAUGCUCAGAUCUGUUUUAAGUAAGAUAAGAGUUUUUGGCACACAGGAGGAUUCUGUGUGGGGUAUGUGUCGCUCUGCUGGUGUGUAAGCAAUUGGAGUAAACAACACCUUCUCUUCAUGUAAGGGGGAGGAAUCUGAAAAGCCAGUGUUUGACUCUGAACAGGGUGUUUUUAUUGAUCCGUGGGUCGAUUAUACGCUUAAAUCCUGUCCUUAGUAUUUGGCUUCAUUCUGGCUUGGUUGCAUUGUGUGUGUGAGGGUGGAAGGAGCAGUGUAUUUCCAAAAUUACCCAAAUUACACACUGAAAGUAAUGAUGAGUUUUCGAAUGGCUCACCUUCUACGUCCUUACCUUGUCCUCUUGGAUUGAGAAUUGUGCUAAAUCCCAAUUCUCCACAGGAGAAGACAUGGAUAUGUGGAUACCUUUUCCUGUCUCAAAAGUCUCUGGUGCAUUGUAUGAGGGUGGAAGGGGCAACACAUAUCCCAAAUAACCCAAAUUACACACUGAAAGUUAUUGAUGAGUUUUCAAUUGGUGUCCAUCCUGCGUUCUUACCUUGUUCCCUUGGCUUGAGAAUUGUGCUGAUUCUCCCUAACAGCAAAAGAGACAUGAAUAUGUGCAUAGUUUUCCCCUGACAGCAGAGGGGAUAUGGAUUUGUGGAUGGUUUUCCCAUCUUAGUAGUCUCGGGUACAUUAUGCAUGAGGGUGGAAGGAGCCCGGCAUAUCCCAAAUUACCCAAAUUAUACACUAAAAGUAAUAAUGAGUUUUUAAAAUGGUUUACUUCCUACAUCCUUACGUUGUCCCCUUUGCUUGAGAACUGGCCAGAACCCAGAGUCUCCAUGACAGCAAAGGAGACAUGUGAAUAGUUUUUCCCUUCUCAAAAGUCAUGGAUGUAUUGUGUAUGAGGAUGGAGCACGACAUAUCCCAAAUUACCCAAAUUAUACACUGAAAGUAACGCUGAGUUCUCAAUUGGGGUCCACUUUGCGUCCUUACGUCGUCCCCUUUGCUUGAGAGUUGUGCUGAAUCCCGAUUCUCCACGAGAGAAGACAUGAAUAUGUGGACACUUUUUCCCAUUUCAAAAGUCACAGGUACAUAAUGCGUGGGGGUGGAAGGAGCACCACAUUUCCCAAAUUACACACUGAAAUCAACUGAUAAGUUUUAAAAUGGUGUCCGUCCCAUGUUCUCACCUUGUCCCCUUGGAUUCAGAAUUGUGCUGAGUCCCAAUUCUCAAUAACAGCAGAGGGGAGAUGAGUAUGUGGAUAGUUUUUCCCUUAUUUCUCAGAUGCAUACUUCGUGUGGGUGGAAGGAGCAGUGCAUAUCCCAAAUUACCCAAAUUACACACUGGAAGUAAUGAGUUUUCAAACAGCGUGCAUCCUACGUCCUUACCUUGUCCCCUUGGCUUGAGAAUUCUCCUGAAUGCCGAUUCCCAACAAGAGGACACGUGAAUACUUUUUCACUGUCUCAAAAGUCUUGAACAGAAAACUCAAUUGGGCUUCUAUGUGAAUUUUAAUUAACGAAAGGAGCCCAGCCUCAGCAGGCGUAACCCCCCCUCUCUGCAUGGUGCCUACUCUGGUUGUAGCCUGUUCUAGCUGUCUAGAGAAUGACCGACUGGACGGAGGGGUGAUAUCGCCUCUCUUUCAGGAAAACACUCAUUUGUCUUCUCAAACCAGUCAUCGAUUGCGCCUACUUGAUUGAUUUCGUAGCGGUUUUAGAGCAGAGUUGAGUUAGCUCUAUUGGAUUUGCUUGUGUAAUUUGUUAACAGUGAGAGUGACAAAUAAUAGAGGUUUUCAUUAUUUAUUGUGCUUUUGAAAAGAAAAAAAUCCAGGGACUCUUAUCCAGGUGAAAUAAUUGUAAUUUGUAGCAGUUGUUACAGGGUGGCCAAAUCAGAUGUAAUCAGCAUAUAAAUACCACAUUACAUUGUUCUAUUUUUACCAUGAUUAAUGCAAUACAAGUUGCAUAGGCAUAUUUAACAGUGUAAAUAGUGUACUGCAACAUUCUGGUCAUUGUCAUUUUUUUCCCUCUAAAUUCUGGGUGCAAAUCAUGUUUUUCAUAGUAUUACACUUUAAUAAACAUCAGACUCCAACCUCACUUACAGAACACUAUAUUUAACACAAAUGUCAUUGCUGAUCAGUGAAUUAUUAUCAAAACACCUCUGGGAAUUUAACUUGUGAUGUAAAGUAUACUAACCCCUUUAAAUGGGUUUACAGUUCUUUUUGUCUUAGAGGAAACACCUUGAUAUUCUGAAUUAAUCCGUAGUUGUUUUUCACCAGGCACUUGUCACACUCAUUUUAGCAUUUGUCAUCAAUUAAGAUACCUGUAAACUUCGUGUUAGCACUGAGGGCGUUCCUGGUGAAAGUACGUGGAGCUACUCUGCAGCUUGACACCUGAAUAUUGCUUCAUGGGUAAAAUGAAGAUGUGACAGGGGUCUUGUAACCGUCAGAAUGUCAAGGUGGCUUUUUAUCUGUCUGAGAUAUUCUCUACAACAUUGUGCAAUAGUGCUGUUUUGUUGUAACUUUUGAAUGUGAAUUAUCACGUGAAAUAUCUGCUAACUCAAGUAUCAUCAGCCUUACGCACUGUUGUGAUUUUCCUUUCGAUCAAGCGGGACCUAGUCUGUGUUUUCGGUCGAGUUCUGAUCGCAUUCCUCACCUCACUUUGAAAAUCAAUCCAAAAAUAACACACCCGUGGUCAUAUAAUAGACAAUAUUUCCUACUGUGCCAAACAAUGAAGCAAUAUUUUCAUUUACAAUCAGCAUUUGCAUUUGAUUCAACAAAGCUGUAGCCUACAUUCGACCAUGCAUGAAGUUAUUUAGCACUUGAUGUGAAUGUGCCUCAAGAAUACAGUGUAUUGUGUGAAUGCUGUUUGAAAUAAAAGCAAUUCAACAGUAAUGGUCUGACCACG